AUGGAGAGAGUGCUGUCGAAACUAAAAUUGGGAAAGAGGGAAAAGAAGAAGAGCCCCGAAUCUGUGCCAUCCCAGUCCCAGCCGGUCCCCACGAUAAACUCGAGCUCGUCGACCAACAGAACUGUGCCCCCCUUCCCGGAUGGGGUCAAAGUUCUACACGACCGCCCCGAUGCCCUUGUCGACAUAUGCUUUGUCCACGGCCUGACUGGAGAUUGGGAAAGCACUUGGACCGCCGAAGGGCACGAUGAACCCUGGCCGAAAACCCUACUUCCACCGCCCCUCAAAGCUCGAAUACUCACGUACGGAUACGACGCAUACGUGAUACGGAAGUCGGUUGCAUCGUCGAACCGGCUGAUCGAUCAUGCCACCAACCUCUUGCACGACCUGGCGGGAGAAAGAGCUGGCGAUACGAAACGCCGUCCCCUCAUCUUCGUUGCCCACAGCCUGGGCGGCCUCGUCUGCAAGAGGGCCAUGCUUCGCUCGCGGAACAAUCCCGAACCCCAUCUCCGACAAAUAUUCGAGUGCACCAAAGGCAUCGUGUUCAUGGGCACUCCUCAUCGGGGGGCCUGGAUGGCUGACUGGGCCAAGAUACCUGCUUGUGCUCUUGGCGUUGUCAAAAGUGUCAGCACGGAUCUGCUGAAGCUAUUGGGGACGGACAACGAGACUCUCGAAUCUCUUCGGGCCGAUUUUGCGGGCAUGACACGAGAACAGCAACUCGGCUCUAGCACCUUCCGUGUUACAUGCUUCUUCGAGGAACUGCCGCUGCUGGGGGUAGGCAUGGUCGUUUCCAAGGACUCGGCCACCUUCGAAGGUCAUGACCCCAUCACCAUCCACGCCAACCAUCGCGAUAUGGUCAGGUUUGCCUCCGCGGAGGAGAACGGAUUUAAAAGACUACUUGGUGAAUUGAGAAGAUGGGUGGGGGAAAUUGAACGGGAGUUGGGUGCCGUGCAUGGCUGUCUUAAAUCGCUUGCCUUUCCCCAGAUGCAUGAUCGCUCCCACAACGUUGAACGUGCCGCCAAAGGGACAUGCGAGUGGCUGCUUCGGCACAAAACAUUCCAGGAAUGGACUGCUUGCCAUCGUGGCCUGCUCUGGAUUCAAGGAAAGCCGGGCUCUGGGAAAUCGACGCUUUUGAAGCACGCCUUCAACCACCGCACACGAGCUUCUGCCUCGAGAAAAGACACCGUUGUUCUCUCAUUCUUCUUCCAUGCCCGUGGCGACGAACUCCAAAAGUCUCCUCUUGGCCUGUUCCGGUCACUUCUCCACCAGGUUCUCGGGGUGGCCCCUGACGCAGUGCCAGAUCUUGUCGAGGCAUUUGACAAGAAGACUCAACGGAUGGGCGAGGCGGGGACCAAAUGGCAGUGGAACUCGAACGAGCUACACGACAUCUUCGAGGCGUCCUUGCCCAAUGUCCUCCAGACCCGCCAGGUUUGGCUGUUCGUCGAUGCGCUAGACGAGUGCGGCGAGGAAAAUGCGGUCAACCUGGUCGAAAAGUUCAAGUCGCUGCUUCAGAGCAUCUCAUCCGCAAGUCGACAGCUUCAAAUCUGCUUUACUUGCCGCCACUAUCCGAUUCUGCAUCUGGACAGAGUGCUCAGGGUAUGUCCAGAGCGCGAGAACGGCGAAGACAUCUCGACCUACGUGAAACACCAGCUCUCAGAAUUCAGCAGCCGAGCACCAUCCACGAUUCCGCAACUGAUCACAGACGGAGCACAAGGCGUGUUUAUGUGGGCGCGCCUCGUGGUGAAGCAAGUCCUAGACCUGGAGCGUGAGGGAAAAGGGUUGGGGGUGAUCGAGACGGCCAUUCGGCACACCCCUCCGGCUCUCGAUGAGCUAUACUGCAAACUUAUCGAGGGGAUGGGGCCAGAAUCCCUGAAGCUGAUCCAAUGGGUCUGUUUUUCUGCGUGGCGUUUGCGAACGGAUGAACUGCCAUGGGCCAUGAUAGUCGAUCCUGACGGCGCUUACAAGUCACUCGACGAGUGCCGCCGGUCCAAUGACUUUAUCACCGAGGACAACUUGGAACGAAGGAUCAACUCUCUGGGUCGCGGUCUCGUAGAGAUCGUACCGGCAGGUCGCAGUUGGAUUAUCCAGUUCAUCCACCAGUCUGUCAAGGAUUUCUUCCUCGACAAGGGCCUGUCAGCAUUGAGAAACAUCUCAACGCCAAUCGAUACGAUCGGAAUGGCGCACGAUCGACUAUCCAAAAUCUGCUUACGCUAUUUGGUCAUGGAAGAGAUCGUUCAGGCCGGGCCACGGGCGGUAUUUGCUGACUUCCGUUUCUGGCAAUACUCCAUCGGCUACUGGGGAGAGCACGCCAGACAAAGCAGCAGCCAAGAGGACCUUUUGGAAUUCUUUGGUUGGCCGUCGAAUGCUAUUGUGGAGCGAUUCAACGCACAGGAGAGCUAUGGAGCAGAAACCAGUCUGGUGCACAUUGCGUGCCAGGAGGGGCUACCCAGGCUAUUGAGGGCAAUCCUGCAAACAGCAAGCCAAGCCGAUGUCAACUUGAAAAAUUCCUACGGCAACACACCUCUGUCGUUGGCUGCUUCUAAUGGAUACGAAGGCAUCGUUCAACUUUUGCUUGAAAACGGAGCCAAUAUUGAUUUGGCGGACAUCGGGGGCCGGACGCCGUUAUUGGAGGCUGCUUCUGAAGAUCACGAAGGCGUCGUUCAACUUCUGCUCGAGGGAGGGGCUGACGCUAAUCUGACGGACACCGGGGGCGAGACGCCGUUAUUGAGGGCUGCUGCUGGAGGUUACGAAGGCAUUGUUCAACUUCUGCUCGAGGGAGGGGCUGACGCUAAUCUGGCAAGCACCGGAGGCAAAACACCGUUAUGGUGGGCUGCUUUAAAGGGAUACGAAGGCGUUGUUCAACUUCUGCUCGAAGGAGGGGCUAACGCUAAUCUGGCGGACACCGAAGGCAACACACCGUUACGGAUUGCCGAGGAGAAGGGGCAUCGGGGUAUUGUACCCGGCGGGAUGGACGGGUUCGACCCCCAUGGCUCGUUCGCGGAGUGGGCCGCCAGGAACACGGGCCCGGCGCCUGUAGCGGAUGCCAGCCACGGGGAGGGAGAUGUGAAAAAAGAGAGGUUAAAUCUAGUAGUUGGAAUUCCGCAGUGCUGGGGCCACCGUCUUCCAGCGACAAGACUGGCCGCUGGCAUGCUCACCCUUCAUUUCCCCUCUGCAAUCCCGCUUCCCAGCAACAAUAAUUUCGGGUAUCGCGCCUCGCCGACCUCGCACACGGCGCGCAGGAAGCCCGCCUCCUCGACCCGCGCUGUCCACUCCAUCAUCUGCAGCCACCGCAGCGGCCUGUCUAGCCUCUCAUCCAUGAAGGGCUGGAACUGCCGCACGGGGACCACGCUGCUCGUCGUGUGGUGCAUGUACUGA